AUGUCCCACCGUGAGGAAGACCUGGCCUAUGGCCACUACUACGGCGACUCAGCGCGGGGCGCAUCCGGUGACACCGAAAGAGGUUUUGUCGGCGACACUUUCCAGAAGCUGAAGGAAACCUACAAGACUCAUCAGCAGCAGGGCAGCAGCAAUGCGCAGCAGAGCCAGUACCAGCAAACGCAUUCUCAAACCCAAGGUUCCGCCCACCAAUACCCGCCGUCGUACGGAAACAACAGCCCGCAACACCACCAACACCAGCAGUCAACCUAUCACCAGCAGUCCCCGAAACCCCAGAAGCAGGACAAGCUAUCUGGAUUGUUCGGGAAGUUGGAAACUCUUGGAAAUGAAUUUGCCCAGAAGAUCGGAACUGCCUUGGAUCCCCAGGCUUAUGCCGAAUAUGGAUCGACCAAGCCGCAGACGCAGAAUCGCUUUGGUAGCUUUGCGCCGGAGCGCCAGGGCAACGAAGUCAAGUGGCAUGUCGAUGGAUGUGCUUACUUCUAUGCUGUCUCCAAGGCCUUGGAAAGUGCAAGAGACUAUAUCUGGAUCUUGGACUGGUGGUUGUCGCCAGAACUUUACCUGCGACGUCCUCCCGCCAAGAAUGAGCAGUACCGACUGGAUCGGAUGCUGCUGGCUGCUGCGCAGCGUGGCGUUCGUGUCAAUAUUAUUGUCUAUAAGGAGGUUACCCAGGCCUUGACGCUCUCAUCGCAUCACACGAAGCAUCAUCUGGAGGACCUUCAUCAGAACAUUGCGGUAUUCCGUCACCCAGAUCAUCUUCCCGAUCGUCAAGAGUUGGAGGCUUCUAUCGCUUCUUCCCUUCAGAAUCUAUCGCUGGAUGCAGGUAAUCUGGCUAAGAUGUCUGAGGAUACCAUCAAGGGGCUUUACGGUAUGCAUGAAGAUGUGAUCCUCUACUGGGCCCACCACGAGAAGCUUUGCAUCAUUGACGGGCGUGUUGCCUUUAUGGGUGGCUUGGAUAUGUGCUUCGGCCGUUGGGACACCAAUCAGCACGCCCUCGCCGACGUUCAUGGCCAGGACCUCAACGAGAUCGUCUUCCCUGGUCAGGAUUACAACAACGCCAGAGUGCUUGAUUUCCAGGAUGUAGCGAACUGGGAAAAGAAUCAGCUGGAUCGGAAGAAGACCUCUCGUAUGGGUUGGUCGGACAUCUCGGUCAGCUUGCAUGGACAGGUGGUCGAAGAUCUGAGACGCCACUUCAUUGAGCGCUGGAACUUCAUCUAUGACCUCAAGUACUACUCUCGCAACAAUCCCAGAUACUCAAAGCUGAACUUGUACGGUCGGCUUCCCUCUUCGAUGGGCGCCCAACAAGGUCUGCAACAGGGCCAGCAGCCGGGCCAGCAGCAGGGUCAGCAGCAGGGUCAACCAGCUCAGCAACCUGCAACAUCAAACCAGGGACAUUCUACUCCUAGCUGGCAGCAGGAAUUCACAGCCCAGCCGGGAGCUCUCCCAACCAGCCCAAACCCUUCCACACCAAGCUGGCAACAACAGGCAGCAUCUCCUCAGCCCGCCGUUCAUUCCGGCAAUGCCCAGGCAUCUAGCGCCAGCACCCAAGCAACACCUAGCUGGCAGCAACAGGCUUAUCAGCAGCCGCAGCAGCCGGCUUCUCAGCAAACUAGCUCCUACGGCAGUAGCGCCCAGCCUCCCACUCCAAGCACUCCUGGCUGGCAGCAGCAGCAGCAGACUCCGUCUCCUCAGACCGGUGCCUAUUCCGGCAAUAUCCAACACACUCAAAGCUGGCAGCAACAGCACGAGCCGCAACAAGGCGGCUAUCAGGCCACUUCUGCCACACCUGACAACCAGGCGACUUCUAGCUUGCAACAGCAAGCUCCCCCCGCAUACACACCUAACCAGGCGUAUACACCGAGUCACGACGAGAAGCACAACUACACCUACACCGGUGACUCGUUCCCUCCCCCUCCCCCUGGCCCUCCCCCCAGCCAGGGCACCUCAUCAAACCAGCAACAGGAAUACGGACAGCAUCAAGGUCAAGCAUACUCCCAGCAACAGAAUUACACCCAACCUCAAGGCCAAUCAUACCCUCAGCAACAGACGUCUACGCAGUCUCAGGCCCAACCGUAUCCCCAGCAGCAGACCCACACUCAAUCUCAGGGUCAGGGUCAGUCCUACUCCCCAAGCCAGAGUCAGAGUCAGUAUUACCCGCCGCCCCCUGCUCAAGAAGGGCAGCAUUCGCAAACCCGCGGUCUUCACGAUUACCACAGCGGAGGACAUGGGUACGGAGACUCCGAUAGAGGCUUUAACUUCCGUGGUAUCAAGGAGAACAUCACAGAUUACGGCAAUGUUCUUCGUGGUGAGUUGGCAGGCCAAAUCCACCAUUACCAGGAUCGUAUGAACUACCGUCAGGGUGGCCAGCCACGCGGCAACAUGAUCUGCCAGAUCGUGCGCAGUGCUUCCAAGUGGAGCAACGGAACGCCGACCGAGCAUUCCAUCCAGGAUGCGUACGCAGCCAUCAUCCGCAACAGUCAGCACUUCGUGUACAUCGAAAACCAGUUCUUCAUUACUGCAACCGGCGAUGCGCAGAAGCCAGUUGAGAACAAGAUCGGAGCUGCGAUUGUCGAACGUAUUCUUCGUGCUGCACGCGCCGGUGAGAAAUACAAGAUCGUCGUUGUUAUCCCAUCAGUCCCCUGCUUUGCUGGAGACCUGAGCGAUGACUCCACGCUGGGUACUCGUGCCAUCAUGGAGUUCCAGUACAACUGCAUCAACCGGGGAGGCAGCAGUAUCAUGGAGCUGAUCGCCAAGGAGGGAUACAACCCGAUGGACUACAUUCGGUUCUACAACCUGCGCAACUAUGACCGUAUCAAUGUCAGCGGGCCACUGCUUCAGGCAGAGAAUAGAAGCGGUGUGAACUAUGAAGAAGCCCGCAAGGAGCACGACUUGACCACUGCUGGCCCUGGGGGUUACGGACCGGGUGCGCCGCGGGCGGCAUUUGACACCACCGCCCCUUACCAGCAGUACCAGCAGGCUGCUCAACAGGUGUCCAGCACCAAGUCCGCUCCUGGCCGCUGGGACAGUGUAAGUGAAUGCUACAUGUUGAAUGGUCCUGAUAUCCGCAACGUGCCCUGGGAUGGCCCUGCGGAAGCUGAGAUUGACGCCUUUGUCACUGAGGAACUCUAUGUGCAUUCCAAGGUAAUGAUUGCCGAUGACCGGGUGGCUAUCGUCGGAUCCGCCAAUCUGAACGACCGCUCCCAGCUGGGCGACCAUGACUCCGAGAUUGCCAUCGUGAUUGAAGACCACACCCCUAUCCAAUCCCGCAUGAACGGUCAGCAGUGGAUUGCGAGUCGAUUUGCCGCUUCCCUGCGCAGAUACCUGUUCCGCAAGCAUCUUGGACUAUUGCCACCCCAGGACCCAGAACGCCCCGACGCCAACUUUGAGCCGGUGGGUGUGCCAAACACAUUCGACGCCGAGUCGCCUGAAAGCCAGAUCGUGGCCGAUCCAUUGGCGGAUACCAUGCACAGCAUGUGGAACACGCGGGCUAGAACCAACACUGAGGUCUUCCGGAAGGUCUUCCAUUCGGUUCCUGAUGACCAAGUCCGGAACUGGGCCACUUACAAGGAAUUCUAUGGCUACUACUUCCACAACGCGGACAAGCAAGCAUAUGGGAAGGAUGACUCCCAGCCUGCGCGGUACGAAUACGGACAUGUGGUGCGGGACGACUUCCCUCCGGGUCCUGAGGGUGUGAAGCAGGUGAAAGAACUUUUGAGCCAGGUCAAGGGCACGUUGGUCGAGAUGCCCUUGAUGUUCUUGAUCGAGGAGGACAUUGCGAAGGAGGGGCUGACAUUGAACGAAUUGACGGAACCUAUCUACACUUGA